GUAACAUAUGUACCCUGUAUUUUUUAUUGAAAUCACUCAAAAUAAAAACAACAAAAACAAACCAAAAAACUCGAGUUUCUCUAGCAUUCAAAACUGUGUUCAAUCACUACAAAAACUCAUUAUUUUUGAAAUGAUCAAUGAUCAUUGUUUCAUGGACUCGUUGGAUGAUAUAUUCUCUACGUAUGUAACGUCACCACAAUAUAUUUGUUUAUUUGAUUACAUUAUUAAAAAAGAAAAAACUUGAAAAAACAAUAAUGCUUAUGAAUCGUUUACCUUUGACGUUUUUUGGUUUUCGUUUAAUUCAACAACAAUGUCCAUCAACAUCAUCGACAUUGUUGAAAAUGACAAUGAUACAAUCAUUGAAUCAACGAAAAUUUCUAUCCACAGCAAAAUCAAUGGCUAAUAGUAAUGAAAAAUAUCGUUUUUCAUUUACAAACGGUGCGAAUGGAAAAAUAACCAAUGAACAACGUGAUUUUUAUGAAGAAAAUGGUUAUAUUCUCGUCAAAAAAUUGUUAACCGAUCAAGAUAUCGAUCGUUAUUGGCAACGAUUUCAAGAUCUAGCCACUGGUAAAGUUCAACCGAAUCCAUUAUUAUUAUUGCAACGAGAAUUAGCAACGGCUAAACAAGCCAUACAUGAAAGAAGUCUUUAUAAAGUGCAAGAACUUUAUGCUGAUGAUGUCCUAUUCGAAUAUUGUUGUCAUCCAUCAGUAUUGGAUAUUGUUGAAGCAUUUGUUGGUAGUCCAAAUAUUCUAGCCAUUCAUUCAAUGUUAAUCAAUAAACCACCAGAUUUGGGUACAAAAUCUUCUCGACAUCCAUUACACCAGGAUCUACAUUAUUUUCCAAUGCGACCAGCCGAUCGUAUUGUAGGUACAUGGACAGCAAUGGAAAAAAUUACGAAAGAA